GACGGGUAAACAGGAGGCGGAGGUUCCCGGAGCCGGCAGCGGAGGGCGAGAUGCCGGGCAGUGUAUGCUCCUUGGGGGCUACCUCCACCGGCUCCUCAGGCCGGUCCCGCUCGCGCUCCCGCGCCCGCUACAGAACCAAGGCUGCCAGCUCAGAAGUGGACGAGAGCCUCUUUGGGCUUGCCAAGAAUGUUAACCUGUCCCGCACUGGCAGCCCCAUUGUGGUCCUUCGAGAUGUGGACUCGGAGAGGAAGUCCCUGGGCUGGGGCCACAAGCCGGAGACGAUCCGUCUCAUCACUCGCGACCUCAUCCGGGACCUCAUUGUGCCCAAACUCGACCCGUCUGGAGAGUCCCUGAUCAUAAGCCCCGAGGACUACCAGCGCAUCAAAGACUCGUCCCGUGUCUUCACCAAGGAGGAGCGCGAAGCUCAGAAAGAGGCCCUCAAGGCAGAGCGAGAAGCCACCAUAGUUGCCGUGAACGAGAGGAAGAAAUCCAUGAAGCUAAAGGAGAUCUUGCGGAAGAAGAAUGAAAAGCUGAACGACCUGGAAGAGGAGGCCAAGGAGCGGGCCCAGUACCUGCUCCAGCGGGCCGCCAACAUGCGCAUGGAGCAGGAAGACGAGAUCAAGACUCUUGGCGAGAUCAUCCUGGAGGCCAAAUGCCACGCCAUCCGCGAUGCCCAGAUCCUGGAGAAGAGGCAGAUUGAGAAGGAGAUGAACGAGGAGGAGAUGCGGCUGGCCAAGAUGAUGGAGGCAGAGAGGCAGAGGGUCGGCAUGAUGCAGGAUGAGCUGGAACGGAAGAGGAAGGAGGAGAAGUACAGGGGGAAGCGUCACCUCCUUGAGCAGAUACAGAAGAACGAAGAGAUGCGUUCCGUGAAUUCUGAGCAGCGAGACCAAGAGGCGCAGGAGAUGCUGGAGUACCUGGAGAGGCUGCAGUUUGAAGACGAGAGGGAAAUGGAACGCAGGAGGAUGGAGCAGCUGCGGAUGCAGGCCGAGAUCAGGCGCAUCAACGAUGAGAACGAGAAGCGCAAACAGGAAAUGUUGGAGCAGGAGAGGAUGGCCGACCGGCGGGUGCUGGAGUACCAGAGGAAGAAGAUGGAACGGGAGGCCGAGUAUGAGGCUGAGCAGGAGAAAAUCCGUCGGGAAAAGGAGAUGGAGACGGCCCGGCUACGGGCACUGCAGGAGAAAGCCCAGGAUCACCAAGCAGAGCAGGAUGCCCUGAGAGCCAAGCGCAACCAGGAGGCCACCGAGCGGGAGUGGCGCCGGAAGGAGAAGGACGCAGCGCAUAAGAAGGCCCAGACGGAAGCCAUGCUGAAGCAGAGCCGCUUGGAGCAGGUGGCCCACAAGGAGCACACCUUGGCGGUCCAGGUGCAGCGGGACCGUGCCGAGUUCGAGAGGAUCGUCAGAAUCCAACAGGAACAGAUUGAGAAGGAGCGGAAAGAGCACGAGAGGCGUGUGGCUCUUCAGCAGACCCACGCGGACGAGAUCCGCCGCCAGGUGCGCGAGCACCAACAGAAGCAGGUCCAGGAGCGCAUCGCCAUCUUCGAGGAGGGCAAGCGGCUCAAGGAAGAAGCCCGCCGGCGCAGUGAGCGCCUCAACGAGAUCAAGCGCAAAAAGCUCGACGAGCUCCGAGCUGCCGGCCUCCCCGAGAAGUACUGUGCCCAGGUGGAGCGCAAAGCCUAUGUCCAGUUAGCCCCAGUGCACUGAGUGGGGGAAGAGACCCCGUCACCUGCAACAGCUGUAGACUGUCUACAUGUAGCCUAGAUUUUCUAUUUUCUUACAUUCCAAGAGUAUUUUAUGAAUAGACCUAUUUCUGGAUA